GGUACGUACUAUAAAUUAGCCAUACUGCUAUGUAUCUUAAAUUUCGUGAAAUUAAAGAUGGAUACAUUAUAUAUAUUUCCAAAUUGCCAAUACAAUUAAAACGUUUGUCACCAAGGUCAUUCUCAAAGGUAGCACAUUUUAACCCAACAAAUUUUACGCCAAAAAAAAAAAAAAAGCGUAAAUGAAAGUACAAUACUUUUAAACUAUAUAGCGUAAAAAACUGAAAUUUUGAACAUAAGCCAUAAAUAAAGAUAAAAAAUAAAAAAGUGCAUGUGAUUUUUAUUACAAGUUUUUUUUAGACCUGCGUUAAAAAACAACAAUGUACAGAUGUGCACAGUGUAUUUGGACGUUUACAAUUAAUCUCGGUCAGUCGGAAUUUCAUUUCCCAUGUAUGUGUAUUGAGAUCGUCGCGGAGAACAUACUGUCAUGUUAACACAACUGCUUUCUUCCUAGACCACCAUUCAGCGAGUGUACAUAUAACUUUGCAGGUUGAGAAACGAUGAUGAUGACAAGAGAUGGACAAUAAUUCAUGCAGAGAAUACAGAAUUAUCACAGACUGCACUUUUACACACUUCUGAAGAUCGCGGCGAUUUUCCCCAAAGUGGAGAAGCCGUGUGGCGGCCUACUUUUGGGACUUCAGAAGCCUAUCCCGUAACAUUCUACAUUUACACAGACCAAUGACUAAACUUUAUCUCUCCACCAUAUUUAGUAUCUAUACUGCCGAAUUCUUUAGUAGCAACUCCUUGAUAUCAUGGAUGAACAGUGUGAGGACUCCUCUAAUAAACGCUCACGUUGUGUUACAGAAAGUAGUACAUCCAGUAGUAGCAGUUAUGAGAGUAGUAUUGAAUCUAGUAUGCCCUCUGCCCCUGAUGGAGGCUGGGGCUGGGUGGUUGUGUUUGCUUCCUUCUUGUGUCAUCUUUUGGCAGAUGGAUUUGCCUUUUCAUUUGGAGUCCUUUAUAAAGACUUUCUUUUGUAUUUUGGAGAAAGCAAAAGUAAAACAUCUUGGAUUGGUUCCCUGUUCUUUGGUGUACCCAUGAUGUUUGGUCCAUUUGCAAGUUUCCUGACCAGUCGGUAUGGAUGUAGGAAGGUGACCAUAGUAGGAGGGUUAAUUACAGCCGCCGGUUUUAUCAUCAGCUCCUUCAUGGAAUCUGUGGAGAUGCUGUGCCUGACCUUUGGAUGUGUCGCUGGAUUUGGGCUGUCACUGAUCUACAUCCCAGCCAUUGUUGUUGUAGCUUUCUACUUUGAGAGGAAGCGUGCAUUUGCUACAGGAUUAGCAGUUUGUGGAUCUGGGAUUGGAACCUUUGCAAUUGCUCCAUUGACAGAGUAUAUACUGGAGUGGUACACAUGGAAGGGAGGGAUGCUGAUCUGGGCAGGCUUAGCACUCAACCUGGUCAUUUGUGGCGCUCUCUUUAGACCUCUUAAGUUCACACAGGAAGAAAAGUUCCAGAGGGCAUUGGAUACGUUUGAUAGGCUGUCAAGAGCAAAGUCGAAUUCUAGAUUCAGUCUUCAGGAUGAUGCUAGACAUGAGAAUGGAACUUCCAACUGUCAUGGUUCUGUGGAAAAACUUCAGCAUCUCCUGCAGCAACCGAUCAGCCAUUCAGUUAUGCAGUUACCAACCUACUUGAAAGACAACACAGGACAUUUUGAUGCAAUCAAGAUUCUGAAUGAGCUUCGUAACAAUAAUACCUCUAUAAAGCAGCUUCUGAGUGAAUUCAUGAGUAGCCAGAGCAUCGCUGAAUGUUUUGAUCCAGAUAAUAGCUUUGUGUUCUCCAGUGAGGACACUGACCAAGCUAUAAGCAAUCAUCCGAUGCAAAAUCUAAAUCCAUCCAAGAAAGAAGUCAUUUGGAGACGACAGCGUACUGCACAUUUAAGAAAGAAGGCGAAAUGCAUUGCAGCCUUGUAUGAACCAAUGAGGAGAAAGGAUAUUUUUUACAGAGGAAAUCUGUUAAAACGCGUUCCAGUAAGUUUUCGAGCUACGAGUUGUCCAGAUCUUCAUCUCAAUGUUUUCCCGUCUGAUUUGUCGGAGGACAAUCGAUACAGUUUAAGUCGUGUUUUCAGAAACAUACAGAAGAUGUUCAAAGAGAUGGUGGACAUGUCUGUGGUGAGAAACAGCCUGUUUCUUCUGUUCACUUUCUCAAACUUUGUCCUGUAUUUUUGGUAUGAUGUACCCUAUGUAUUUCUGGUGGAUAAGGCAAUAGAAGAUGGGAUUGGUGAGAAACCAGCCUCCAUGCUCAUGUCUAUCUCUGGCAUUGUGAAUACUGUGGGUCAGGUCGUCUAUGGCUUCCUGGGGGACAGACCUGGAAUUAACGCAUACAUCCUGUAUGCUGUUUCAAUCGUGCUAUGUGGAGUUUCCAUCACUGUGAUACCUUUCUUUACCACGUAUAUCCCUCUUGCGAUAAUAUCUGCUUGCUUUGGCCUAUUUGUCAGUGCUAACUACUCCCUGUGUACAAUUUUAUUGGUUGACUUUGUUGGAAUGAAUAGGCUGACAAAUGCCUAUGGCCUUUUGAUGAUGAAUUUGGGAAUUGCCAAUCUCAUAGGCCCUCCUGUUGCUGGGUUGUUCUACGACAUAUAUGGAAUGUAUGACUACAGUUUUUAUUCAGCUGGCCUGAAUAUUGUAUUCUCUGGAGGUUUAAUCUUUUUGUGUCCAUUGAUUCUAAGAUGUCGUCAGAAAUCACAAGAGGACAGCUGUCAAAGCUCUCUGUGUACAACAGACACACCUGUAGGAGACAUCAGACAGCCAACAGCAGAGAGAUUGGUUGUUAUAGAGAGGGAAACAGUGGUGUAACACUUUGUUCUGUGUAUAUUGCGGUUUGUGAUAUGUAUUUUGAGCAAGCAUGUACAGAUUUAUUGCUGUAUAUAUCCUUUGUUGUUGCACUGAUUGCAAAAGGUUAUGACCAGAUUGUGCUCAGACUAUAAAUUUUUCAGUUAUAUGGAAGUAGAUUUAGAAGUGAAGUACAGGAGGCAAAGUAGCUGAAGUAUGUUGUUUUCCACAAAUGCAAGCUUGACAUUUAAACCUGGUUUAAAUGCCUAUUUGUGGAUCAUUGGAAUCGUUGGAUUGGAAUGUGAAGGCAGAUAUACAUCAUAUUUUGGGUCCAUGAACUAUGUUGUGGAUAGGUUUUAAAUUUUGACAUACAGUAAAUUUUUGUUCAUGACUAGUAUGCUCAUUUUGCCAUAUUCUGUGUUAGCAGUUUGUAUUAACUCUCAUGUUUCUUUUUUCAAUUACAUUGAUGGGUUGAAGAUGGGUUAAUUAGGUGUUACAGCUGUUGUACAAUGUUUUUACCGUAUAUGCCUAGAGGUACAUGUAUAUGCUGGGUUCAGAAGAGAAUUAUUAUUUUUUUGUAUCACAAUGGUUGGAGCACAUGUUUUUUUUUGUUUUUUGUAAAGAAUUUGUUAGUCUUUCAGAAAUGCUUAUUGUUUAGGUAUUAUUUUUACUGCAGACUUUUGUAACUUUCUGUUUUCGCAUUCUUUUUAUGUUUAUUUUUUGUAAAGAAUUUGUAGAGGUCUUUCAGAAAUGCUUACUAAAUGUAGUAUUUAGGUAUUAUUUUUACUGAAAAGUUCGCAUUUGUGACUUUUGGAUUUUGAAUUCUUGUUAUGUCUGGAUAUAGUCAUUGUAAUAGGGUCACUUUACAUAGGUGAACCUCAAACAGUAACAUUUCCUGUCAUUUCUUUGUUUUUGUUGAGAUUAAGCUUCUUCAUGAACUGUUAGAUAUUAAGAAAUACCUUCAAUUAACUUUUAAUUAAUGCUUAUUUGUUCUGGCAAUCAUUUUUAGCUCGCCUGUAAGUUCAGGCGUCCAUUAAGUGAGAAAUCAAUUUGAAACAAAAUGUCAGGGGUGCUAUCUUAAGUACUACUUUCAUUGAGCUGGUUAUGCACUCACGUGAAGCACAGUAAAAUGAUGGGCAUGUUUCAUCAUUGAUUCACUGUGCAUAUUAAAUACUGUAAAUCGCAAAAUUCAUGACUUAGUCUAUUGUAUAUUAUGUUCAGUGUUUAGUGAAAAAAUAUCAAUAGUGGUGUCUUAAAAAGUACUUUGUGGUGAGCACAGGUUUUGCACACAUAUGGAGUAGAGGGGCAUGCUCCAUCGCUAUGUUUUGUUUGCGUAUUAUUUACCAUAAAUGAUCAAAUUCAUGACAUUAGUACUUUAUGUGUUGAGCUACAGUUUUGCAUUAUGUGCAAGCUUCUUGGUAGCCUAGUUAUGAUAUGAAUUCUUGAAAAUCACAGUGAGCAUUUUGUUAAAAGUUACGAUUUAAGAAUUAACAAAGCUGACAUAAUAUUUAUAGGCCUAGUUAUAUUAGAAAUGUUUAUUUGGAGUGGGUGAUUUUAUACAGGUGUCCUAUAUUACUGAAUGACCAUUGCUAUACAAAGUCCUAAGGCUUUAUUUUUGCAGCAUAAAGAGGACACCUGUAGAAGAUUUCCUCUGAUAUGCCUGUAGACCCAAACUUCCUGAUGUAUUUAAAGAAUCAGUCUUGACAUUCCAGUCAUGUAAAUGCGACAAAAAAGUGUUUUACCUGGUUGUAAAUAUCUUAAUUUGUGCUGUAACUGUUUGUACUCACUGACUUGAAAUCAAAAACUUUGUUUCUGGGAUGAUUGACUGACCGGUUGAAUAAACUUUCUUUUA